CAGCCGGAAAGAUAACUCUCCGAAAAAUUAAGAUGGAUGCGCUAGCUGCGUACGGUUCAGACGAUGAGCAAGAAACUGAUCAGCAAUCUAGAAAAACUUCUGAAGAUGUUGCGUCUCACCUUAAAGGUUCAGUGUCAUUAGAUACGUUAAAAUCAAAAUUCCAAUUAGAUAUUGCCCCAAUAGUUCAAGAGAAAAAGUAUGAAAAAGAUGUCCAAAGACAUUUGGUAGACCCAACUACAAAAGAACUCAAAUACAAUGUCAAAUAUGAUGACAUGUUUGCACCUGAGAUUGGCCCAAUGAAUCCAUAUAAAACUAAACAACAGUUGGCGAAGAAAAAUACACUAGCUGGUUAUGUUGAAGAAGCAAACUUUAGUAAAUUUCAAUUUGAUAAUCAACAGAAGACAUUUACUAGUUAUGGGUAUGCAAUGGAUCCAAGUUCAGAAGGAGAAAAGUAUAUUGGUGAUCUUGAAAAGUUAAAUGAAAAUUCAGGAAAAACUGUGUUUGAAGCAACAAAGAAAAGGCCUGGAGAUAAGCGUAGACGUGAAAAACCAGGUGACCCUGAAGAAAUUGAUGGAUACUUAGGUCCAUGGGCAAAGUUUGCUGACGAAAAGACAUCUGCAAAACCUUCAGAGGAACAAAAGGUUAUACUCGAUCAGUAUGAAGAGAAGAAGGAAAAACGAGGCAAGAAGGACGAGGAAAAGAUUGAAGAGAAAACAAAAGCACACAUUGAGGAUCUAUAUGAUUAUCAAGGCCGUCCGUUUCUUCAUAUACCUAACGACUCGGAUACAGACUUUCGUUCCGAAGAUCCGCCAGAUAAAUGUUUUCUCCCAAAGAAGCUUAUGCACACGUGGUCUGGUCACUCAAAGGGUGUGGCAGCCAUCAGAUUAUUUCCCAAAUCUGGUCACUUGCUUCUUUCAGCGAGCAUGGAUUGCAAAAUUAAGAUAUGGGAAGUUUACAAUAAGCGUAGAAACAUCCGAACCUACCAUGGCCAUUCCAAAGCAGUACGGGAUAUAUGUUUUAAUAAUGAUGGAACGAAAUUUUUAAGUUGUAGUUACGAUAGAUGGAUUAAGUUAUGGGACACUGAAACUGGUGAAUGUUUAGGCAGAUAUUCCAACAAAAAGAUACCUUACUGCGUCAAGUUCAAUCCUGAUGAGGAUAAGCAAGACUUAUUUAUUGCUGGUAUGUCAGAUAAAAAAAUGAUAACGUGGGAUAUCAGAGAGAAUGAAAUUGUUCAAGAAUACGACAGACAUCUGGGCGCAGUGAAUACCAUCACCUUUUUUGACAGAAACCAAAGAAUAGCUACAACUUCAGAUGAUAAAAGCAUUCGAAUAUGGGAAUGGGAUAUUCCUGUUGAUUCGAAGUUGAUACAAGAUCCCACAAUGCACUCCAUGCCCGCUGCCACGCUUUCACCCAAUGGCAAAUGGCUUGCCUGUCAAUCCUUGGACAAUCAAAUAUUAAUUUACAAUGUUAUCAAUCGAUUUCGUCAAAACAGAAAAAAAUCUUUUAAAGGACACAUGAAUGCUGGUUACGCGUGCCAAGUAAACUUUUCACCAGACAUGAGUUAUUUGAUUUCCGGUGAUGGAGAUGGCAAGUUGAACAUUUGGGAUUGGAAAACAACAAAAUUAUAUAGUAAGUUCAAAGCGCACAACGAGGUAUGUAUUGGUUGUGAGUGGCUUCCACACGAAACGUCGAAGAUUGUGACCUGUGGCUGGGAUGGACUAAUCAAAUUGUGGGACUAACCUGGCCUAUUUUAAGACGCUUAUCGCGCCACAAGCAGAUAUAAGCCAAUUGCUAAUGAAGGUUCUAAUAUAAACGUACGAUAGAGAAGCUUACAAGAGACGUGAAGUGUAAAGGUUGCAAGUUGACUUUAAUAGAAGAGAAUAAUUUUCGACGAAAAAAACUAUUUGAACUGACAACAUUGUGAAAAAUUUUAUAUUCUUUAUUGAUUUUAUUUAUUAUAAAUACCAUGCUUUAACUUUUGAAAA